AUGAAGCCUUCUAGCUCUAACACGGGCUUCUUCCAAGAACUUCCGGUCCUGCCAAACCAAUUUUUUGAUGAUGCCAGCUUUCAGAGAGCAUUGAGACUUUUCGUUCCAAAAGAUGUCGUCAGCCGUGUUGAGGUCGAGAUCGCCCAACUCGGCGAAGACGUCCUGUCCGACCAGGUUUUCGAAUGGGUCACGGAAUCUGAACACAACAAGCCGUACCUGAAGGGCAACGGCCGCGAUUCUUUUGGGAGGCCAAAAACCGAACUCGUUGUCGGCGAGGGAUGGCGCGGCCUGCAGAACUUUGGCAUCGCAAAGGGCAUCGUCGCCACCGGAUACGACACUUCUCUCGGGUCGUCUGCUCGCGUGAUCCAGUUUCUGAGAAUACACCUAUGGAGCCCCUCCGCGUCGAAUGUGACCUGUCCGUCGGCCAUGCAAGACGGCGCGGCGAGACUGCUGCAGCUGCACCUGGCUAACGGCGAUCUGGAUCCCACUCAACGCAAAGUUCUCGACAACGCCUUGCAGCACCUCCUGUCCAGAGACCCCGCAAAGGCAUGGACCAGUGGACAGUGGAUGACGGAACGAAUCGGCGGUAGCGAUGUGUCGCUUACGGAGACAGUCGCGACGUACGAACCGUUAACGCAACCAGGCCUGGCGAACGCCGAGGAAAACGUCCCUCUCGGCCCGUGGUCUAUAUCCGGCUUCAAGUGGUUCUCGAGUGCUACGGACUCGGCGAUGAGCGUCCUUCUGGCAAGAACCCAAAACGGCAUCAGCGCAUUUUACGCGCCAAUGAGGCGGCAUGAUCCGUCAGCAAAGACCAUGAUUGGGAAGUCCAAAGGAACUGGCGGAAUGGAGUUGAACGGGGUUCGGAUCCAACGACUCAAGAACAAAUUCGGUACCCAGUCUCUGCCCACCGCUGAACUAGAGCUGGAGGGUAUGAGAGGCUGGUUACUUGGAAAGGAGGGCCGCGGCAUCAACGAGAUCAGCACGAUUCUCACGCUCACGCGGAUACACUCUGCCGUUGGUGCUGUGAGUUACGUUGGCCGCGGGUUAGCCAUCGCGAGAGCGUAUGCCAAAGUUAGGCAAGUUGGCGCGGGACGAGGCAAGAGGAUGCUGCUCGCCGAAAGCCCCUUGCACAUGCAGACACUGGCAGAUAUGACCGCAGAGUAUCACGGUCUCAUGUUGCUUACAUUUUUCACAUCCUAUCUCUUGGGCUUAGACGAGCACCCUCAGACGAAGAAGUCAGGGCUGCCCCCGCCGCUUGCCUCUAUAACCCCAGACCAAAAGCACAUCGCACCCCUGCUGCGAGUUCUCACGCCGCUCUGUAAGGCGUACGUCUGCAAGAAGUCGAUCCCGCUGCUGUACAGCUGCAUGGAAGCUCUAGGUGGUGUCGGCUACUUAGUGAACGAGGAAACAGAGUACCUCAAUAUCUCACGCAUCUAUCGCGACUGCUGCGUCCUCUCAAUCUGGGAAGGAACGACCGAUGUUCUGGCAACAGAUUUCCUGCGGGCGCUGAAACAUCCAAAGGGUGGCCAGGAAUCCAUCGAUGCCCUGGACGCCCUCCUCGGCAACUCGAACAACUGGUCUCAGGUUGCCGAGGCGAGUUCCUCCGCAUGGACGCCGUCCGACUCAUGGCAAUCAGUCAAGACGGAGAUAACACGGGGCUCGCAAGAGGACCUCGUCGGAGAUGCGCGGUCGAUCCUGUGGACGGUAGCUGAGGCUCUCACGAGGGUGCUGCUACACGCGGACGCGAGCAGGGAUGGCAGCGAGCCGGCGUUCGAUAUACUCUCGCGCUACAGGAUCCGCACCAGAGGUGAGACCUCUGUCGGCAGAGCGGCUAAGGCUUCGGACGAGCCGCAGGGCAGCAAGGAGAGGCUCGCGAGGAACCAUGCCAUUGUGUACGGACGGUCGGGAGGGCCAGAUGCGUCGCCGGCGCUGUCAAAGUUGUGA